UCGCCACGGGGCGGAACGAAAAGUCGCUCCCUCUGCGGUGCCCGGAUUGUUGUUUCAGACGGCACGCGAAGCAACCGUUGACGCAGAAAAAAGCGCCCGAAAGACUCGAGCGGAGCCGGCGGUAAACGAAUCGGUCGUGACCGGGGGUCGAGUCACGCGCGGUGGAUGUCCUCACUGUAAUGCUCUCGCAGUGACCGUCUAAGAUGGACGGAGGAAGUUCCGAGUUACCCGGUCCCACUCUUCCCCUCUCCGCCCUGCGCCUCCUGGUUUCCCCCAUCCGCCUGGUGUCUGCCGCCAUCUGGCACACUGUGGAGCAGAAGAUAGUGCCUGACUAUGGCCUGCUGGAGGAGUUUGUGUUCAUGGUCACAGAGAUGGUUCCUCAGCUACUUUCUACAAGGCAGCGAGCUGAACUUAUUCUGGGACUCAGAGCACGACUGAUCCUGGAACUCUGCCGCUCUGAUGAGACCGCCAACCUGCAGGUCAUUCAGCCGCACCUGGACCGCAUGCAGAGCCUCAGGUCUCUGUGGAAGAUAGAGACCGAUGCACAAGUGUCGGAUUCUCAUUUUAUGGGCCUCGUUCAAAAUUUGCUGAGAGAUCCAGAAGAAAGGGUGAGCUUUUUCCAGGACGUCUUCCCUGGAGACUUCGGCCCCACGUACGACAAAGCUAUUCAGACUCUGAUGUGGUUGUUUCUGGCCAGACUUGAGAAGCUCCUUCCUGCUCAAAGUCUCCAACAGGUUGUUUCCCUAAUGAGUGACACCACGUCUGUCCUGAACGAAUCCAUGGAGACUUUGGUUCAACCCGAUGAUCUGAGAGUGUUACUGGACACCCAAAGAAAUCUCACCCACCUUGAAGACAUCGAGUCGUACGUCGUCGACAGCGGCAUCUUAUCCGCGCUGUGUCUCCCGCCCGUGGAAAGAGUCGUGAUCGUCAACGAGCAGUCGGAAACCGACGCCGAGAGCAACCUCGUGUACACGGUGUGCUCGGAGAUGGAGGUGGAGUCGGACAACAAGGAGGUGUACGUGGAGGUGCCCGGGAGCGCAGAAGGCGCGCCGCCCCAGUGGUUCGGCCUCGGCGCAGAGGUGAAGGCUGAAACGGACAGCGUCGUGGUCUCGGAGCCCAUCGAGCCCAUCGAGGGGGAAAUGGUGGAGGAGCAUCACGACGACCACGCCGGCACGCUGAUCAUCGGCGAGGACGGCCAGGUGACGCUGCUGGACGGCGCGGAGAAGAAGCCCGGCAGGCGCGGGCGGCGAAAGAAAUGCCCCGACGACGACGACAAAGAUUACGAAGUGGAGCGUAAAGCGAGGGGCUUUAAGGAGGACUGGGACGACCCCCUGUGGGAACGGCCGGUGCGAAAGAACCGAGGCCUGAAGAUGAAGAGGUACCUGUCGCAGUGGAGAAAGUCCGGCAAAACGCUGGGCGCCGACGGUGGGCCCGGCCCCCAGGGUUCGGCGAAAGGCGACCUGGACGACCGGACGUGCAAGGUGUGCGGCAAAGUGGUGAGCCAGGCCAAGUUCCUGCAGAGACACAUGAACCAGCACGCAGAGGAGCUGCCCAUCGCCUGUCCCGCGUGCAAAAAGUUCUAUAAGAGUUUACGCUUCUUGCAGCAACACAAAUGCAGUCCUUCCCCUAAAGCGAAUCCGGACAAAGACGCUCAGGAGCAAGAGGCCCCGGCGGAUAUCGGCGAGCAGUCUUCCAGCGGGGUCGUCGGCGAAGCCUUUCUGGAAGAUCCCCCUGGAGACGGCGGCGCCCAGGACCCCGACUACGUCGCCUCGGAGAAGUCGUCCGGCGAGCUGGGGGAGGGAAGCCCGGAGGACAGCAAGAGCGGCCUGGAGGGCCCGUUCUACUGUCCGCACUGCAGCGUGGAGUUCAAGUGCCGACAGACGUUCCGCUUCCACAUGAGGAACAUCUGCUACACCGAGCAGCAGGUGGACCCCGAGAACCCGGACGACGUGAAGCACUGCUUCCGCUGCGACGAAUGCGACAAGGCCUUCAAGUACAAGUCGACGCUGGACUCCCACAAGCAGACGCACAACCCGCUCUACUGCGAGGUGUGCAUGAAGCUGGUGCGCGACUCGGAAGCCCUGGCCAUGCACAAGGAGUCCCACACGCCGUUCCAGUGCAACCGGUGCGAGGAGAACUUCCCCGUGUUCAAGGCGCUCCACAAGCACUACAUCGACGCGCACAACCCCGCCGAGCCCUUCACCUGCCCGUACUGCCAGACCACCUUCAGCAGCCUCAAGCGCUUCAUCAGGCACGAGUGGAAGCACACGGGCUACCAGCCGUUCCAGUGCACUCACUGCAGCAAGCGCUUCCGCUCGUACUCCGACCUGGUGGAGCACCAGAAGAAGCACACCAAGGCGUACCCGUACCUCUGCUGGGAGUGCGGCAAGAAGUUCCGGCACGGCGUGACGCUGACCAGGCACGUGGAGCGCGUGCACCACACCGGCGAGCCCGUGGACGAGAAACCCGCCACCAUCUUCCCCUGCACCCAGUGCACGAAGACCUUCACCUCCAGGAGGUGCCUGCUGAAGCACGACAACUUCCACCACAAGGGGAUGCGCUUCCCGUGCGAGCACUGCGGCAAGGGCUUCUUCGGGAAGGACGCGCUGGUGCGGCACACGUUGAUCCACACGGGCGAGAGGCCGUUCAAGUGCGAAGACUGCGACAAGUCUUUCAGGUCCGCCGCCGAGCUGAAGAUCCACAGGCGGUACCACACCGGGGAAAGGCCGUUCAAGUGCACCAUCUGCGAAAAGGGCUUCGUCCAGUCCUGUUUCCUCACCUUACACAUGCGAACGCACACAGGGGAGAGACCGUAUGUAUGUUCAGUCUGCAGCAAGGGCUUUUCAAGUUUGCAUGGCCUGAAGCGACACCGGAGACUUGUCCAUUCCUAGUUUCUGCUAAACGCCAUGUUAAUCCUCACGAGGACUUUAAGCAUAAAUUUACCACGUCCCUUAUGAAGGUUAGUUUAGCUUGAGCUAUGUGCCAGGAAAUAAAAAAGAAAAAAAAGACAGAUUGCUUAUGUUAUCACAGCUCACUUUGGCAGUGCGGGUGCUGGCUAGAGAUGGAAAGUUGAAACCAAAUUUUCGUCUUCAGUGGCAUCGUGCGUAAAAUGUGUGGCCGCCACAAACUUCAGUCAGACAUGUAUAGUUGUACUGACUUCUGAAAAUGUAUCUUUGUAUUUUUUACAGACAUGUUUGCUGUAGCUUUGCAUAUAAUUUGUAUGUAUGUGGUUUAAAGUUUAAUUUCCUUAGAAUUUUUUUUUCUUUCUUGAAUAAAAUUUACCAUGUGUCAAUUGUUUUGACUGAUGUGAUUGGUGUGAGAAUUUGUUUUUGUUUUUUUUCCUUUUAUAAACUGUGUUUUUACGUAAAAUGUAGGAAGAAAUGGGCAUUUAUUUAUGUUAUUUCAUAUAGAUUUGCAGGGGAAAUACGUUUAUCAGCUGUAGCGCAGCUUAAUCUCUGGUAAAGGAAAUGUAAAAAUGGCGUUAGUACAGCACCCUCUACUGCAAUUACUGGUGAUGUCAGUGAGCUGGGGUUUUAUUCCUGACGCGAUGCCAUAUCAUGAAUUACAAAGAAUGUUCACCUCAGACUAAAUAAAGUAGAGUUAUUCAUAAAA